AUGGAGGUUCCAAUUGACUUUCAUUGGACGAAAGCUCAACGAGGUGCACCAGCAAUACAGAUUGGUACUGACCUGUAUCGUAUUCAAAAACGUAAUAAAAACGGUUCGAUUAGAUUCACUUGUACUAAUGAACGAUGCAAUGCAUCAGUAACAUUAUUAGAAAAUAAAAUAAAAUUUAUGAGAGGAAUUCAUCGGCAUGAAGAACGUAUUUUACCAUUUCACAUUGGUGCAACGAUAUAUAGAUUUGAAUAUGGAACAGCGGCAGAAAUGCCAAUGUUUCAACAAUUAAGAUCCACAGCAUACCGAAGACGUUCUGAUAUAUUACCAACAUGCCCUAAUCGAACAACUAUACGAACAUUUGUUAUACCAGAAAAAUUUCGUUUAAAUUUAUCAAAUGAACCUUUUUUGAUUCACGAUUCAGCUGAUCCUUAUCGUAUAAUAGCGUUUGCAUCGAAAAGCUCACUCAAUUACCUUGGUAUGUACCCAAGUGUAGUUAUAAAUAAAAUAUAUAAAGGAGAAAAAUGA